CUCACGUCCUCUCACCAUCUCUCAGUCUAUUGCCACAGCUGACAUGGACCAGGCCCAGCUGGAGGCCUUCCUCACAGCUCAGACCAGGAAGCAGGGCAGCGGGGGGGUGACCCCCGAACAGGCCGCCGCCCUCUCUCGCUUCUGGAAGAGCCAGCGUGUCCGUGUGAGGGAGAGUUUACUGGCUCAGAGCCGCUGGGAGCCCGGGCUCAGGGGCCUCUCCUGGAGAGUGGACCUCCAGGCGGCAGCCAGCCGGGCCGACGCCGCCCACAGCGGUCCAGUCGCUCUGGUGGAGCUGGAAGUGGGCAGAGCUGGACAGGACUCUGAGUUUGUGUGUCUGGAGUUUGAUGAAGCCAAAGUCAACCAGAUGCUGAAGAAGAUGGCCGACAUUCAGGAGGGCGUGGACAGGAUCGUUCAGCACACCUGAGUGUGACGGUAUCGGGACUGUCUCCUCUCUCUCCUUCCUCCUGUUGGAUCUGCGUCAUCUCGGCCAAACACAAAUGAGCCAUGUUCAGACUCGAAGACCAGAACGGACUCGGCGUGGCUUUGGCACCUGCUGUUUUAAGAACUAAUUCUAUAUUUAUGGCCCAACCCUCUUCCUGAUUGGUUCCUAUCAGCCACAACUAAAUGGAAAGCGAUGCUAACGCAGGACUUACAUCUAAGCGUUGCAUUAAGGCUUCACAGUGGGCGUGACGCUUGGUGCGACAUCAUUUUUUUGUGCUCAGGACUCACAACGUUGUCGGCUUCUGUGCUAACUUGCCACGCUAACUGUCAACGCAACGCUAAAGAGAAGAACUCGGGAAAUGAAAUCCACAACCAGAUGAACACGCAGCAGGUUCACCAGCCGACCAUGUUCUGUUUGCGUGAUACAUCAGGUCACAUGUGAAAGUCUCUGGUGAAGCAUUGGUCAGUUUCAUUGUUUGGACAGAGAUCGUUAACGAUAAUUCAUUCUGAAACAUGGUCUGAUGUAAUAUGAGUUAAUAAAUGUACAUGUUCAACAUAA